AUCUUCUCAGAGAUUCUCUAAUCUUUGCAUUAGCGCAUGGUGAUGGGUAGAGAGUUUGUUGUUAUUGUACGUUGUUUGUUACACUUCUGAAGUUGACAGAGGGAAAAAACGAUGGAGUACAUUACCGAAACUGGGCUUCUAGAUACAACAGCGCCAAAAAUAUUAUGUUGUCAAUGCGGGGCUGUCAUUGAUCCAAAUCCAGCAAAUAUGUGCGUUUCGUGUUUGAGGACGCAAGUGGACAUAACGGAAGGGAUUCCUAAACAAGCUACUCUUUAUUUCUGCAAAGGAUGUGAGAGGUACCUUCAGCCACCAGGAGAAUGGAUAACCUGUGCACUUGAAUCACGUGAACUACUUUCAUUAUGCCUAAAAAAACUGAAAGGUCUAAACAGAGUUAAACUGGUAGAUGCUGGUUUUGUAUGGACAGAGCCACAUUCAAAAAGAAUAAAGGUCAAAUUAACUGUCCAUGGUGAGGUGCUGGGUGGGACAAUGCUGCAGCAAGUAUUUGUGGUUGAAUAUAUCGUAAAUAAUCAAAUGUGUGAUGAUUGUCAUAGAUCAGAAGCUCAAGAUUAUUGGCGCGCACUUGUUCAAGUAAGACAGAAAUGUGAAAAUAAGAAGACUUUCUACUACUUGGAACAGUUAAUCUUGAAGCACAAGGCCCAUGAACAUACCUUAGGAAUUAAACCAAUACACGAGGGACUUGAUUUCUUCUACGCAACUGAAGGACAUGCCCGAAAAAUGAUUGAUUUCUUAACAACUGUGCUUCCCUGCAGGUAUCAACACUCUAAGAAACUGAUUUCUCAUGAUAUACACAGUAAUAUCUACAACUACAAAUUCACCUACAGUGUGGAAAUAGUACCUCUAUCAAAGGACAGUGUGGUGUGCUUGCCAAAAAAGUUGACCCAUCAGUUAGGAGGCAUUAGCCCUAUUUGCCUCAUAUACCGAGUGACUAACUCCAUCCACAUUAUUGAUCCUUCUACUGCACAGAUUGCUGAAUUGAGUAGUACAAACUUCUGGCGACACCCAUUUAACAGUAUCUGCAAUCCAAAACAACUUGCAGAAUAUAUCGUAAUGGAUGUGGAUAUAAUAAGAGACAAAGACCGGAAAGUUUUCCCAGGGCAAGGAGCAAUAUCAAACAAGCAUACAAUAGCUGAUGUGUGGGUGGUAAGAGCAUCAGAAUUGGGAAUGACAGAAAACACAAUCCACACUCGGACUCAUCUUGGCCACAUAUUGAAGCCUGGAGAUUCUGUUCUUGGGUACACACUUGCAGACAGUAAUGUAAAUGAUCCAAAUUUAGAGAAAUUGGAUGCUACAAAGAUACCAGAUAUCAUUCUUGUGAAAAAAUAUUACGGUGAUAGGAGUAGUCGCAAACGUUUGCGUAACUGGAAACUUAAACAUCUUGCUGAAGAAAGCACUCAUAUCAACACUGAAGCCAAUGAUUAUCAUGAAUUCUUGGAUGAUUUGGAAGAAGACCCAGCAUACAGACAGAAUGUGAAUAUUUUCCGUGAUCCAUCUAAAGACAUUCCAGUUGAUGUUGAUGAUAUUGAGGACUUAACUAUGCCUCGUAUAACACUAGAUGAAAUGCUGGAUGAUUUACAAAUUAUGGAUGAAGAAAUGGCUGAUGCAUCCUAAGUUCCUUAGUUUGAAUAUGUAUGCUGUCACCAAGAGUAAAAAAAAAAAAAAAAUAUACUUGUUAAUUCGCCUGAACAUUAUUUUGUUGUAUAUUGUCAUGAAAAUGUGCAUAUUUUCAUAUGGAAAUUUGACAAUAAAAGACUGUUGAGUUAAA